UUCUGCAGAAUGUUGAAAGCUGGUGACUCCUUCCUCCAAAUGGCGUCUGGUAACCUGGUGGAAGCGCUCAUCAGACGGACGCUCCUAGAAGACAGCAUUCCUACAAGCCAUGACCCUUCACCCCGGAGCCAUGACCCCUCACCCCGGGUCGACGAGGGGCCAAAGGUCAAGAGCAAGAAGCGACCUCGAGAUGGCACCGGUGACGGCGCUGUAGGGGGUCAGAAGGGAGCGAAGACAGGAAAGGGACGGGCCGAUGGAGGAAAGACAGGAGCUAAGAAGAGCUCUGAAGCAAAUAGCUCCAAAAAGGACAAGGGACCCGAGUCGAAAAAGACAAAACAGAGUGAGAAAGUUGAGAUUGUGGACGAUAGGAAAGAGAAGAACAAGUCAGACUGCAAACAAAGUGAAGCGGAAGAAAGAGCAGAAGUUUUAGAUAAAGAUGAUGCUCGGCCGAUGGAAGGAGAAGCGAAAGCGGAGUGCUUGCAAAAUGGUGAAAAGACACUUCUAAAUGCCAAAAAGGUGCUCAUGGAAAAUAACAAUGAGGAUACUCUUUCUAAGAAGCCUGAGGGUGAACCAAAAGAACUUGAUGAUCUUGGAGGAAAAAGCGGCAAUAUCGCGGAUGUUUCUAGUUCUGAGGACACUUCUAAAGCAGCUGCUGGUAAAGAUACCAUUGUACCCUCAAAGGAACGGACUGUAAAAGGCCAUCAGAAUGAACGUACUGGCAAAGCACCAGAAGCAUUUCCGCAUCAGCAGCCGAAAGAACUUCCCCUGAGAUCACCAGACCAGGGGAAAUCGAUCAGAUCACAUACGAUAGGUGGGCUGACCAUUGCCAGUAUGAUAGAAAAGACGUUAGAUGCAGGGAUCAUUUCUUCUCUCCGUGGCGAAAGAUUCAAGGACAUUAUGCUACCAAAGUCCAAGGGGAAGGACAGAGUAAGUCGAGAUAAGGACGACGGGUUUCCAAUGAAAAUGGUCAACCAGAAGAAAGAUGGCAAAUCUGAACCUUCUGUGACAUCUUCAAUGUCGUCAUCGACUUCAUUGAGCGUCGCGCCAGCUGUUUCGAACAAGUACAGCGUCGAGCGUAUCCUUGCCGCGCCAACACGAUCGGAUAACCCCAAGAAAGACCUUCUCCUCAAGGGUAUCAUUCCCGCCACAAGAAACGUUGAAGGUCAACGUACUUUUGAUCCCAAGCUGGUGACGUCAUCUUCGCGAAAGUUGAUGGCGCCGUUUUCGAUUGAUAUACCAAUUGCUUCGAGCGAGAUGCCUUCGAGUUCGUCGGUGACCUCGUCGGGCAACUCGAUGGGGAAUACCCCUCCCGGGUCGGACAACUGCAUGGUGUCCCCGGACGGAAGCGAUGAAUCCAUGUCGGGCAACCACAGCGGAGUGAGCGACGGCGGGGCUACGAGCCCGUCGCCUGGGGAUGGGAGCACGUCGAGCCAGAAUAAGAAGAAGAAGAGGAAGCGAUGCGGGGUUUGCAAACCAUGCCUGACCAAGCAGAACUGCGGAGAGUGUUCCAGCUGCAAGAACAGACGGACCGGGCAUCAGAUAUGCAAAAUGCGGAAAUGCGUGGAGCUACGAAAGAAAGCAUUGGCGGCGGCGGCAUCAGGAGCCGGCCAGCAGCCUACCGGUCUCUUGGAUGGAGGGUCGGCCGCGGGGUCACCAAGAAUGAAAGGCGUUCGGCCCCCUUCCCUGCCUACGGGGGGGACUGAUGGGCAGGACAUGUCGUACCUACCCAACGUGCCGGUCUCUGAUGGAGCACCACCUAACCAAGUGGUGGGUAAGAACGGCCAGGUCAUGCAGUGGAAUCCUGCAGGACCCAACGCACCACCGGCCCAGCCGCAGAUGAUGAAUGGCUACUCGGACCAGUAUCCUCACCAUCUACCCAACCACCACCUUCCCCAGCACCCGCAACAACCACAACAGCAGCAGUCACCACAGCUGCCACAGUCGCAGCCACAACUCAAGGGAGAAGAUGCACCAAAGACAGGCCAGGAGCUGACUCGGAAGGAAGCGCUUCCUAAGAUGUCUCCAGGAGAGCCGGCACCAAAGACUGCCAAGGGGGUGGAGCAGGGCAAACCGGGCAAGGAACAUGGUCUGUCCGCAUUCUCCCCCACUCCUGAUUCAGUCAGUAAGCCUCACGCACCGGCACACACGCCGCCAGGGAUGGCAAGAGAAUUGGCAGAGAGACAUUACUAUGAGAAGAUGGUGCAGCAACAGCAGCAGCAGCAGCAGAAACUUGCUGAUCCCCAUGAGAUAGCUGCAGCAGCCGCCGCAGCAGCUGCUGCAGCUCACAGAAGCAUUCCACCCCAAAGCUACCCCCAUCACCCUCAUCACCUAUCAAUGCCACAUAAACCAGAAAUCAACAAUCAUAUCCCUAUAAAGAAAGAGAUCCUUUCCCCGGUGGUUGGGGUCACUGGAACUCCUAUACCUCCUCCAGAUAAGAAGUCCCUCUCCCCAGUCGAUGCUGCAGAGUCCUUGCUUUCAUUAAGUACUACACUACCUGAUAAAACCAACCAAUUCACAGUCGGUAAUUCUUUCAGUCAUGCCAAACCCUCAGUCAGCACCAUGAUGCUAGCACCUCUUCCCCAACCGGUUAAAAAAGAGAGCACUGGAUCCAAAAGUACUCCUGGGCCCCGCCCAUCUGAGAUCUCCUCCCCGUCUUCAGGUGCCCCUACAAAGAUUCCCCUGAACCCACUGGAACCUGCCCAUCCAGAUGGGGUCGCUGCCAGAGCAGAAGUCCAGAAGAUGGCCCGACAGGUCCCGCCGAGCCCCUACAGCAACAUCAUGCUACCAACCAUCAUGCAGAAGAGCGACGGUAGGAUGGGGUUGGCCAAGACCGCUCUCUCCAUGAGCUCUCAUGGGAUCAGCUCCACUCACGCCAUCCAGGGGGGUACAGGGGACAAAGUGGAAGGGGGCGGUAAGGGAACCACCCUGCACCCUACCCCACCCACCGUAGAUUCCCUCAUGGAAAGGCAGAAGUUAGAGAAGGGUCUUCAGACGCCGCCCAGAUCAACGGAUAAACCUGUGAUCGAGACUCCAGAAAUGAAGCACAUGCAGUUAAUCUCUGAAGAUGCUCGCAUCGAGGCUCCAAAUUGUGGUUGUUUAGAAAAUGACAUGGAUGAGGCACCCUACUACACUCAUCUGGGAACAGGUCCCAACCUACCAGCAAUCAGAGAACUUGUUGAGAUAAGGAGUGGCUUCCAAGGUAGUCAGGUGAGGAUAGAGAAGGUCGUCUACUCCGGCAAGGAAGGCAAGAGCUCAACGGGAUGUCCCAUCGCAAAAUGGAUCAUCCGAAGGUCGUCGACGGACGAGAAGAUCCUCGUCCUGGUCCGUCAUCGUCCAGGACAUCGUUGCGACACGUCGUACAUCAUCAUCGCCAUCGUGGCAUGGGAAGGGGUCAACAACUACGUGGCCGACGACACCUACGAGAUGCUGCGGACAACGCUGCCCAACGGUGCCAUCCCUACGGUCAGAAGAUGCGGGACAAAUGAAGAUAAAACGUGCGCCUGUCAAGGGUUCAGUCCCGACUCCUGCGGGGCAUCCUUCACCUUUGGCUGCUCCUGGUCCAUGUACUACAACACCUGCAAGUUUGCCCGCAGCAGGACCCCCAGGAAAUUCAAGCUCCUAGAGGCCAAUCCUGAAGUGGAGGACGUACUAUCGGACCGCUUCCAGAACAUGGCCACCGACCUGGGCCCUCUCUACAAGCGCCUGGCUCCCGAGUCCUUCAACAACAUGGUGGUGUUUGAGGAGGAGGGCAAGGAGUGCCGGCUGGGGAAAGAGACUGGGAGGCCAUUUGCAGGAGUUACUGCCUGUAUGGACUUCUGUGCCCAUGCCCAUAAAGACCAACAUAACAUGAACAACGGCUGUACUGUGGUUGUGACGUUAACGAAAGACGACAUACGGAAUAAACGUCCUUCUCCCGGCGACGAACAACUCCACGUCUUGCCCCUCUACUACCUUGACAGCACAGAUGAGUUUGGCACCGCCGAAGGACAACAGAACAAAGUCCGCAACGGAUCUAUCGAGGUACUCACCCACUAUCGACACAAGAUCAGGGUUCAUGGUGGAGACCCCGUGGUGCCCAAAGGUGCCAUGAAGUCUAGGAACUCCUCAAGCAGUAACUCAAGUCCGGGAAGAGCCAAAUCCGCUGCUUCCGCCGCAGCGGCUCAGAGAGAGCUGGAGAGGGAACGGGAAAAGGAGAAGGAGAGGGAAAAGGAGAAGGAGAGGGAAAGGGAGAGGGAGCACGAGAGGGAAAGGGAAAGGGAGCACGAGAGAGAAAGGGAGAGGGAGCACGAGAAGAGGGCGGCUGCAGCGGCAUCGGCGGCUCAGAAGGAGUUGGCGGCGGCUGGUCAUGGGAUACCCAAGGUUGAGCAGCCAGUGCCUCCACACAUGAAUCCUCAGACGAUGCAGAUGUGGCCACACUAUCAGCAAAGCAUGGAGGCGUUGAGGGCGCAAUGGCCAGGGAUGGAGAUACCUCCAGGAAUGGUCGGGGGAUUACGUCCCGACUCUCAUGCCCUAAUGAUGAUGAAUGGACUGCAUCGUGAGAUGCUGACACCCGGCGGUUCCAUACCUCCAGAGCUGGCCCACAUGUACGCUCAUUACGCUCGCUUCCUCCCUCCUGGGUACGUUCACCCUGCAAUGGCAGACAUCAUGCUUCGAGAGCAGCUUCAGAACAACCCUGCAGCCCUUGCAAGAUUCAUGGCUCCCUUUGGGCAGGAUCCUUACGGGGGACAAUCGUCAAACCCUUACAUGCAUCUUGCUGCGCAAUAUGGAGCAGACAUCAAGCCAGACCCAUCCAUGCUGAACAAUCCUCGACUUGAAGGCUUUUAUAGUCCGUACCUGAGUCCUCACUUGACAUCACCUCAGGGAAGGGAACCAGGCCGUGAAGGGGGGUCACACCUUCCAAGUGACGCCUCUUCCAAGUUUCCUUCCCCUACCUUGAACGGUGUCCGGCCGGAUCCUCAUCACCCUCAUACCAGCCAAGCGCACCAUCCAACCUCAUCUUCAUCAGCGACAUCGUCAUCGACAUCAUCAGCUCAGCCACACCUCUCCUCAUCCCACUCACACAAAGAUGGCAUCUGGAGACCUCCAAUAUUCCAAGACAGUCCCAAGAAAGAGCCCAACUCUGGAGGACAUCACCACAGCAGCAGCAGUAACAGUAGCUCUCGCCCCCCAGAAUCCCGCACCCCUCAGAAGUCACCUGCCUACUCCCCCUCCGUAGAUAAAUCCAUCAGGCCUGGUGACCCCAGAGACCCCUACAUAUUUAGGGACGACACCCCAAGCUCCAAGCCAGUCCAUCAUCACAAGUCCGAGGGGAAGUCGUCCAAAGGCAAGUCUGAUCCCCAUCACCUUCACCAGGCAGCACACCCUGAGAGGUUAACACCUCAUGAAGGCAAAGACAUAAAACCAAUAUUCCCUAUCCCAAGUCUUCAGGAUCCCAUGAACACCCCUCCACCUGCGCGGUCUGAGGAGGAGUACUUCUCCGACAGCGAUAAGUGCUUUGAGGACCCGACUAUUGGUGGGGUUGCAAUUGCCCUUACACAUGGCUCUGUUCUCUUUGAGUGUGCAAAGCGAGAGCUGCAUGCAACCACGUCUGUUCAAAACCCCUGCAGGCAGCGGCCGACUCGUAUCAGCCUGGUCUUCUACCAGCAUAAGAGGAUGACGUACAGGAACCACGGUCUGGAACUCUAUGAGAAGAAGAUGGCUGCACGGUCGCUGGAACAAGAAAACGGGGAAUCCCCCAGUGGGAAGGGUGGUAAGAAGGGUAAACGUCCAGCCACGACGGACGACUCCAACAAGGAAUCGGUGGCAGCCAAGAAGAAGAAGACAGAGGUUGAGAAAUCCCAGAUCCCCACCAAAUGUGCAGUUACUCCCUCCACGAAUACGACAGUGACUUUGGCCUCAUACGCUUUCCCCACUGUUACUGGGCCCUAUCAAAAAUGGGUUUGAUAAAAGAAUAUAAGCUCAGGUUUUUUAUCUUUUAGGCUUUCAACUGAAAUCAAGACCUGGUCUUUUGACUAUACCAUUCAGCAAUCCCCUUGAAUAGUAAUCGGGAUGUUGUUGAUGUUCCAUUUCCUAUGUCUUUUCCCUAGUUUGUGAAUACCAUGUCUAUGCAGAGAAUAUAUGCAUAAUCCAAUCGUAUGCAAUGAUAUUAUAACAUAUGUUAUUAAUUAUUGUCCCUGAAAGAAACAUGUUUUCUCGAACCAUGUAUGUCAAGUAAUCUUGUCCGUGAGUGCAAUAUUCAUAGAGUAUAUGCACUCCCUCUUAAUUCUCUCGACUGUUUCGUGAAUCGCGGAAAUACUUCUAGUAUUAGCUAGAAAUAUCCAGGACCAAAAUUUUGUAUAGAAAUACAAAUGUCAUAGAUUCAAUAUAUAUUUCUGAUUAAAUCACAGAGAAAAUAAUGAUAAAUUUUAAUCUGAAAUUCCUAACGAUUUGUGGAAAAAUGAAGUUCUUUUUAUAUAUUCCUCAGAUUUUUAAUUGUAAAAAGCUGUGCUGUGUUACUACAUCUAUGUGUUUGAUAAAGUGCUAGAAAUGCAAGUCUAUUUUCCAAAGGUAUUUCAUGAGCCAACUCAAGUGUAUCAUUUGAGUAUUAUACAUAUGUGAAAUAAUGUUUUAAAGAAAACUGAAAUGUGGGUAUAUAGACUUGGCUUCCCCAUACAAUUUUGAUAGUAAUAUAACGGUUAUACCUUCAUCAUGUUGCAAAGGAGGAAACAUGCUUCUGGUGAAAUACAGCUCAUGAUAUUAUCGUUGCAAACAAACUCUGCCAGGGAAAGUGUCUUUUGACAAAGUGUUUUUUCUCUAGAAAUAUAUAUGUUAUCCCAAGUCAGUGUUCCUCACUAUGAUAAAUUGGAAGUGUUUAUUCCGACCUACCUCUCAACUUUUCAUUCAAUUCCUUCUUUAUUUUCUCUUUUAAAGAAAAAGUUCAGCUUAAAAUGUGUUUGUUUUAAAGCUGUUUUAUCAUUUUCAAUUUUGUUUUUUACAUUGUCACAGUUGACUGAGAACAAUGCUGCUGCUCCAAAUUUGAUAGAAUUGGGAUUUAAAUAUCCAUAUGUCUCCUUUUUUAAUGAAAGUGGUCAACUUGUUUCUGAAAGGAAAAUUACAAAGGAAUGCAAAAAGAUAUUUUCAAAAUGUAUAAAGAGCAUAUCGUGUAAUUGGGGAAAGUUACAUUUCAAAGAAUGAUCACACAUUUGCAAGUGCUUUCAAGUUAUUCUCAAACACUGUCCAAUUAGUAUUUAUUAUUUGCUGUUGUAUCUUUACAUUAUGCGUUGAGAUAUCUCAUGUUUUACUUCUUCUCUUUUUUCUGUCGUAGAUACAGAGAGAUAUUGCGGGCAGUGAUUCUAGUCAUGGUCUUCUUUGUAACGAAUUGAAAUAGAUGUAACUCAUAAAUGGAAAGGUAUUUUUUUAAAUCUUAGGAUGAAUUUGAAUCAUGAACCAGUAAAAGAGUGAAAUAGUACCCAGAAGAGGGAUAUUUGAGCAUGUUGUUCUUGAAAUACUCCAACAGGAAAAAUUGAGAAUUAGUUCUAUUUAGCAAUGCGUGUGUUUUACCCAUCAUGGAUGUGCAUAUUAGCUUGUAAAGUGAUUCUUAAAAAUGUAUAUAUAUCUGUAAAGGUUUGAUUAGUUCAAUAUUGUAAUAUUCUCCGACAUUCUUUCAGUAAAUUUGUGAAUUUUUUUUCUCAACUGGAAUUUUACAAUCACCCGCUCGGCUUUUGAAAAGCCAGUGGAUUUUUAAGAAAUUAUUGUCAAUUUUUAAUGAAAUGAUGAUUGAAUAAUGAUGUUGUAUAUAUGUAUUAUGAAUAGCUGGGGAGCUGGUUUUAUGUGUGUACAUUUAAUGGAUAGAAUAUUGUGUAGAUAUAGACAUAAGACUCGCAAGGGAUAGGGGGAUCUUAAAGAUUUGAGAAAUUCUUUGAAACAAAUUUUUAAUUAAUGAAAAUUGAAUUGAAUAAUUCAUUGAAUUAAUUGAUUUUUAUUGUAAAAUUGUGAUUUCCCCUUUCAGCAAGUCAAUUUUGUUUUGUUGUGUGUGUGUGUGUAUAUGUAUUUGUGUGUGUAAAAUGUUUAAAUAUUGCAUCAAUUAUGGAAUGGAUUUUGAAUUUCUUGUAGUUUAAUGAAGAGAAAUUAUGUGAUUCUUUUGUUAGGUGAGCCCGGCUAAUUUGUCUACCAAAAUUAAAUUUGAAUGUCUGAUUUUGACAUAUCUCUUCUCAAGAAA